CUGCCUUCGCGCCCCGAUGGGGCCCUGGGCUGCGAGCCGCCCCCUCCGCAGCGCCGCCCCCGAGGGUCAGUCGAGGCGCCCCGCGCCGCCCAGCCGCGCGUCCCCGCCCUCCAGGAGGCGGCGGAGGCCGCCGCCGUCCCGGCGGCCCGCCGCGAGCUGCAGGGCCGCGGGGCUCUCCGAGGACUGCGGCACGUCGCGCACGAAGGCGAUGCGGCCGUCGCCGUCCACCUGGGCGACGUACGCCACGCCCUUGAUCGCGUCGACGCCGGUCAGCAGCGUGCCCCGGGGGCGGCCGGGGAUGCGGAGGAGGUACGUGAAGCAGACGGCGCCGAGGCCGUCCGAGGUGUCCUCCACCUCGAAGGUGGCGCCGUCGUUCCGGCCGGCCUGCGUGGCGCGGACGUCCGCCAGGAGGCCUCCACGGCGGCGCGCCCGACGAACGGCUGCUCGUAG